AUGGAAGAGAGUAGACAAGGCUCUAAGAAUUUUAUACCUGGUGAUGCAUCCCAAUCAACUAAAGUGUCUGUUAAGAAGCAUGGCAUGAGCAAAGGGUAUGAGGUUUAUCAGUUUGUUGAGUAUCAUAAUCACUUAAUGGUUGCGGAUGAGCAUAGGAAUUUUAUGACGGCCGAUCGCAGUCUGGAUCUUAUCCAUCAGAGGUUUAUGGAGGAUUGUGGCAGGUAUAAUAUUGGUCCCACUCUCACAUUCAAACUUUUGAAGGAGAUAAUGGGUGGACCUGAAAAUGUUGGAUAUGCUCAAAUGAUUUUUGAUUAUAUGCGUUCUCAAAACGAAUCAUCUGAUGCCUUCUAUUAUGAAAUUGAGAUAGGAUCUCAUGGAAAGUUAACUAAACUCUUCUGGGCUGAUGCUAUUUCAAGACGAAAUUAUCAUAUGUUUGGAGAUGUAAUUUCAUUUGACUCAACAUACAACACUAACAGGUAUUGCAUGAUUUUUGCUCCAUUCACUGGAAAAGAUAACCAUUCCAGAGCAGUUACAUUUGGAGCUGGCUUGUUAUCAAGUGAAGGUAGAGACUCAUAUUCUUGGUUGUUUGGUUGUUUUGUUCGAUGUAUGGGGGUACCACCCAAAUUGAUUAUCACUGAUCAAGAUUGGGGGAUCAAACUUGCUGUUCAACAAGUACUUUUACAAACAAGGCACCGAUGGUGCAUGUGGCAUAUUAUGGUUAAGGUGUCAGAUAAGUUGCCCAAAUCCUUGCUUGGUAAUGAAGAUUUCAAAAAAGAGUUGAAUGCAUGUGUUUGGUCUGAUUUGUUAGAGCCUGAUGAGUUUGAUAUAUUAUGGAAUGAUAUAAUGGAAAGGUAUGGAUUAGAAGACGUGCACUGGUUUGGAUCGAUGUUUGAAGAUAGAGAAUUCUGGGUUUCUGCUUAUUUUCAAGAUUUUCCCAUCGGGUCGCUUCUUAGGACUACAUCGAUGUCUGAAUCAGAGAAUAGCUUUUUUAAAAACUACACAAAGCCUCGUGCAAAUCUUGUACAAUUCAUCAAUUUCUUUAACUGUGCUGUGGGAGAUCAAAGGAAUGCCAAUUCACGAUUGAACUACUUAGAUUACUCAACUAUUCCUGAUUUGUCAACCAAAUUGCCUAUUGAGAAGCAUGCAUCUACAAUCUACACUGAUUCUAUUUUCAAACAUGUACAACAGGAAAUAUGGUGGUUGAAGAGCUCUUUACUAAAGGCAGCCCAUGGUCUACCAUCUGAGGAGAUACAACCAUUUGAACAUUUGGAUGAAAAGCAGGAAGUUAAGAAAAAGUUGUUCUCCAACUUUUAUCGAUUAGUCCAAAAGUCGGAGGGAAUCAUUGAAAAGAAAAAGAUGGUUGAGAAAUUUUAUGGAAUGGCAGUACCUGAUGUCAUUGAUGUACACCCUCCAGACGUUGUUAGAACCAAAGGAUCAGCUAGUGACAGGGUAUCAGAGAGGGAGAGUGCAAUAAAGAAAGCAAAUAAGCCUCUACGACGGUGUGGUAAAUGUCAUGAGGUGGUCGUCAUGAUUCAAGAAAUUGUGGUAGAGUCAAUGAGAAGGCAGAUUGAAGCCAUUUGA